AUGCUGAGAUUUGUUGAUAGUUUUGUUAUAAACUUUGUUUUCACUAACGGUAACUUAGAAAAAGUCAGAUUCAACAAUAGUUCUUAUGAUGAAUCACCACCCUGCUACCUCCUCCAGGUGGAUGAGUUUCGCUUUCUCCUCGACUGUGGCUGGAACGAGGAUUUCAACAUGACGUACAUUCGUGAAGUGAAACGACAUGCCCAUCUCAUUGAUGCUGUUCUCCUUAGCUACCCAGACCACAAUCACCUGGGUGCUUUGCCCUACAUGGUUGGCAAAUGUGGCCUCUCCUGUCCAGUGUUUGCCACGAUCCCCGUAUACAAGAUGGGCCAGAUGUUCAUGUACGAUCUCUACCAGUCAAGACAUAAUACAGAAGAGUUUGAUAUCUUUACCCUCGACGACAUCGAUGCAGCUUUUGACAAAAUAACUCAGCUGAAAUAUAGCCAGACUGUCAGCCUUAAAGGUAAAGGCCAAGGUCUGCAAGUGACCCCUCUUUCUGCUGGCCACAUGAUCGGCGGGACCAUCUGGAAGAUCGUCAAAGAUGGUGACGAGGAGGAGAUUGUCUAUGCUGUGGAUUACAACCACAAGAAGGAACGCCAUUUGAAUGGUUGCGUCCUGGAGAGCAUCAGUCGGCCGUCACUUCUUAUUACUGAUUCACUCAACUCAAAUUAUGUCCAGUCGCGACGACGUCUUCGAGAUGAACAGCUGAUGACAACCAUCCUGUCGACGAUGAGGAACAGUGGCAAUGUACUCAUUGCAGUGGAUACUGCUGGCCGGGUGCUAGAGCUUGCUCAGCUUCUUGACCAAAUAUGGCGCAGCACUGAGUCUGGCCUGUCCACUUAUUCACUCGCCCUGCUUAACAAUGUAAGUUUCAAUGUUGUAGAAUUUGCCAAAUCGCAGGUCGAGUGGAUGAGUGAUAAAAUAAUGCGAGCUUUUGAGGACCACCGUAAUAAUCCAUUCCAUUUUAAACAUUUAAAACUCUGCCAUAAUCUUGCUGAGUUGUCCAAGGUGAUGGAGCCGAAGGUGGUGUUGGCAAGUAUGCCAGACCUCCAGUGUGGAUUUGCCCGUGAUCUUUUCAUGGGCUGGUGUGGUAAUGCUAAAAACAGUAUCAUCUUGACUUGUCGGACAUCGCCGGGCACCCUUUCUCGUUGGCUGAUCGACCACCCAAAAGAUAAAACAGUUACCGUGGAGAUGCGACGGAGAGUUAAGCUGGAAGGGAGCGAGCUGGAUGAUUAUUUGAAGAAGAAACAGGAAAAAGAAGCAGAGGAGCGGAUCAAGCAAGAGCAAGCCAAGAGAGAUGCUGAAGACAUGGAAUCAAGUGACGAUAGCGAUCUGGAGAUGGAAGUGGAAGGAUCGAGUUGCUUGCUCAAGGCUAAGCAUGAUUUAAUGAUGAAAAGUGAACGCAAUUCCCGGUCGGGUUUUUUCAAACAAGCCAAGAAAUCUUACCCCAUGUUUCCUUUCCAUGAGGAACGGCUGAAGUGGGACGAGUUUGGGGAGAUAAUCCGUACAGAGGAUUAUACCAUAUUGGACCUGCCGCCUCCCGAUGAGGAGACAACACAAGAAAAGUGUGUCCCGGAAGACGAAGCCAUGCAGGACAUGUCAGAAGUGCCUACCAAGUGUGUUUCCUCAACAAUCACUCUUGAGAUCCAUGCUAACGUCCAGUAUAUAGACUUUGAGGGUCGCUCAGAUGGUGAGUCAAUUCGUAAAAUUAUUACCCAGAUUAAACCUCGACAGCUGAUCCUUAUCCAUGGAAAACCUGACCCUACAGGCAGUCUAGAGGAGUAUUGUCGUAGCAGUGGUGGUCUUUGGCAGACGAGGAUCUUUGCUCCCCAUGUUGGUGACAUAGUAGAUGCAACCAGGGAGAGCCACAUCUAUCAAGUGAAGUUAAAGGACUAUGUUGUCUCUGCAUUGUCGUUUGCAAGGGCCCGUGAUGCUGAGCUUGCAUGGAUCAAGGGGCAACUCGACAUGAAGCAGGCCAAAACUGACACAAGUGCUCGAUAUGAGCCCGAGGAAUCCGAGUUAGCGCCAGAGGAUGCUGAGAAGCGGAAGCUGCUGGAUUUGUUCAAAAAGGAAGACCCCAAUGACCCUGAUAAGGAAGAAGAAGAAGCCCACGUUCAUGUGCCUACUUUGGAAGCCAUCCCUAACAAUAAAACUCCCGGCCAUACGCCAAUCUUUAUCAAUGAACCAAAACUCUCUGACCUGAAGAUGUUUUUCUUGCAGGCUGGAAUUCAGGCUGAGUUUACCGCUGGUGUGCUGAUCUGUAACAACCAUGUGGCUAUUAAGAAGAACGAAGCAGGAAAACUACAUUUCAGCAAUGGCUACAGUCCAGCUCGUUUUAUAAUUGAAAACCAACAACUUUCUCUCUUUUCUUUGUCCCUUUCUCUCUUUUCUUUGUCCCUUUCUCUCUUUGUCCUUUCUCUCUUUUCUUUGUCCCUUUCUCCCUAA